AACAAAUGUGUCCCUGACUGAAGUAGUCCAAUUUCCGCCCCACAGCCGUCCGCAACAUCUACCAAAGGACGCAUUUAAUGGGACUCAAAUCUUCAUUUUCAACUCUUACGUGACUGUCACGUUCCAGCUGGACUCCGCAAGCCGCCCAUGAUAAUUGUAUUACAUGACUAAGGAUUUUGUACAAACUGCAAGCUAGUGCGCUUGAGUAGUGUCCCACCAAAGAUAACUAACGACAGAAAGAUGGAUGUGCACUUUCCCACUAGUAGUAUCUUGUCCAUUGUCCUUCAAGCGCUCUUGUUGUCGUCUUCAUAUGGUUCGUUGGAGCCCUACGACCUUUUAUACAAUAAUGCCGUCGACGCCUUUUACAGAAGUGACUAUAAAGAUGUAGUGCGAUACAUGGAGGGAGCGCUCAGCAGCUACGCAGAGGUCCGCCAGACUAAAGUCCGAUGUCGACUGAGGUGCCAGGACCAGCACCCGUUUGACUCUGUUUCCAUGGACCUGCAGUUCUUUGACGUGGUUCUCCGAAGAUCAAAUUGUCAAAACGAGUGCAUCGAAGAGAAGGUUGGAACGCAGUCCAUGCACAAAGUCAGCGAGGAUGUCAACCAGGAUUUCCAGAGACGAAUCCCGUACAACUAUCUUCAGUUGGCGUAUCAGAAGCUGAAGCAGUUGGACAAGGCAGCGGCGGCGGCCCACACCUAUUUCCAGGCCAACCCAGAGCAUGUGGAAAUGGAUCAGAACUUAGAGCAGUACAAGGCUCUGGAGGGAUCCGACCAGGACCACUUUGUGGACAGAGAGGCCCGACCUCAUCAGAGUUCCUUCUCAGCCGGGGUGAAGCUGUAUGACAGUGCAGACUACAAGGGGGCCAUCGCCCUGUUCGAGGAGGCCCUCCAGGAGUACUACAGGGCCGACGUGGAGUGUCGGGCCCUCUGCCAGGGGCCCCAGAGGUUCGAGGAGCAGGACCAUGUCCUCUACCGCUACAGCCUAUACGAACUGGUCUCAGACCACUUCACCCAGGCGCUGCACUGUGAACACGAGUGUGUGAGAGACCUGUCGACCCGGCCCGGCCGUCUGUCUCCCAUGGAGAACUACCUGCCUCUACACUACGACUACCUGCAGUUUGCCUACUUCCAGAUGAACAUGGUGGAGGAGGCGAUGGAGUGUGCCAAGUCCUACCUGCUGUUCCACGAGGGGGAGGAGUUUAUGACGGAGAACGUGGAGUACUACAGAGAGGCCGUGGGCCACGACGUCAAGCCCCGGGAGAAGGCCGAGUGGUACCUGAGACGCCAUAAGCAGGAGCUGGAGCUACUAGUGAUUGGCAGUGAGAACAUGCAGGUGGAAUUUACAGAGGGGCAUUACUGGACCAGCACAGGUGGAAGAGAGGAUUCGAACAGGAUCCCCUCUGGUACCGAUGGAUGGAUGGAGUAUGUACCCAUCUCAGAAAAGAAGAACUUCACUCUGGCCCCACCACAGGAGCUCAGAGAAGGAGGGCCCUUGGUGUAUGACAGUGUGCAGCUGGUCCAGAACUCAAAGGCCCUGAACGGAACUCAGAGGGUUCUUCUGGAUGAUGUCAUAUCUGUGGACGAGUGUGCCGAGCUCACAAACCUGGCCCAUACUGUCACUAUGGCAGGAGACGGAUACCGAGGGAAGAUGUCUCCUCACACUCCCAACGAGAGGUUUGAGGGAGCCACUGUGCUUAAAACACUGCAGUACGGCUACGAGGGCCGUGUCCCAUUGAGGAGCGCUCGUCUGUUCUAUGAUGCCAGUGAGAGGGCCAGACGCAUCAUCGAGUCCUACUUCCUGCUCAACUCGACGCUCCACUUCUCCUACACACACCUGGUGUGCCGGACCGCAAUCACAGGGCAACAGGACCAUAGAAAUGACCUGAGCCAUCCCAUCCACGCUGACAACUGUCUGUUAGACCCAGAGGCCAACGAGUGCUGGAAAGAACCACCAGCCUACACCUACAGAGACUACAGUGCUCUGCUGUACCUGAAUGGAGACUUUGAGGGAGGAGAGUUCAUCUUCACAGAAAUGGACGCCAAAACAGUCACAGCACAGGUGAAGCCAAAGUGUGGUCGUAUGGUGGGGUUCUCGUCUGGCGGGGAGAACCCCCAUGGAGUGAGGGCCGUCACCAGGGGGCAGAGGUGUGCCGUGGCCCUGUGGUUCACCCUGGACCCCCUCUUCAGAGAACUGGAGCGCCUGCAGGCAGAUGAGGUGAUGCAGGCGUUGGACAACCAGAGCAGCCAAUCACAGUGGGACACAAGCCUCAACAUCAACCCCAAAGACGAGCUGUAGUAGUCCGCCGGCCCCCAGCCCAGCACCCCCCAAAUCUUUAUAUCUAUCUAUUUAUUUAAUGAAGUUUGGAUCAGAACAAUUUUAUUUUUGUACUGUUUGAAGUGCAAGGUUAUAUAGUUGUUUGUGUUGCCGUCGUGGCUUUUGGUCGGUUGUUGUGAUUUUUUUUCUCCUUCUGUACAUACCAGUACUUGAGUUCGCGUUUGGGUCUUUGUUUUUCUUUCCAUUGACUCUCUCUCUCUCUCUCUCUGUUGGGGUGAAACCCAGUCAUUGUGCCUCACACUUUAUAAGGUCCAGUUGACUUUGUGAUGACUUUAUAAGGUCCAGUUGACUUUGUGAUGACUUUAUAAGGUCCAGUUGACUUUGUGAUGACUUUAUAAGGUCCAGUUGACUUUGUGAUGACUUUAUAAGGUCCAGUUGACUUUGUGAUGACUUUAUAAGGUCCAGUUGACUUUGAUGACUUUAUAAGGUCCAGUUGACUUUGUGAUGACUUUAUGAGGUCCAGGUCACUUUGCGACGACUUAAAAUGCUCAGUUCCCUUUGUGAUGACUUUAUAAGGUCCAGUUGACUUUGUGAUGACUUUAUGAGGUCCAGGUCACUUUGCGACGACUUAAAAUGCUCAGUUCCCUUUGUGAUGACUUUGUGUAGUGUGCGGGUGUGCGCGGGCACAAGGUUGUUACAGCACAGACCUGUCAUACGUAUGCACAGUUCUUACUGCACUGUGAUCAAGCGAAAGAGAAGAACAGCAAUCGGCAUUGCCGUUCUCUUGUUAUAGAAAAGACAACGGGCUGUUUAUAACGUUUCAAACAUGAACUCAUAAAACAAAUCGGUCGUGGGAUUAUCUCCUUCAGGCAGUGUAAACACAGUUGAUAUGUUUCAUCUACUUAUUCACUGAAACAUUGGCUGGAGUAUAUGCAUUCACCGAGAGAAAGAGGUCAGGCAUUUCUUUACAAACAGGGAGCUGUAAAUCCCUUUCGGUGACUGACAAGGAUGACUGAACUGAUCUGUCACUAUUUUCCCGUGCACUUUCUUCUCGUUUGUGGUGUGGUGAAGAGACACCGUCUUCGUGACUCACAUCCCUCCCUAGCUAUGGUCCAUGGCGUUAGCAAGCCUUACUAACGCCUUGGACCAGAGCUAAUCCCUCCCGUCAAUUGCAAUCAAAACGCCGAGCAAGAUAACUGUUUACAAGUUAGCUGACACACGGGCAUGGAGUGUGUUGUUGUUGUUGUUGUGUGUUUUACGUGUCUGUUUUUAAGAUAGACAGCUGCUAUUGCAAUUGUCGGCAUUUGAUAUUAGAAGCUUUUUAAUAAAAGAUGUCGUUCAUUCCUGUUUAAAGGAAUUCCUAUUUUAAGGUGACUUAUAGGUGUCCUUUCCUUUCGAAACUUCCUCAUUUCCUGGGUCAAAAUAGACAGACAGGCACACACACUGUUAAAAUCCAAUGGAAUGAACGUGCCUUGUGUACUAUGAUAUUUCAAUGAUUACAACUGCUAACUAUACGUAACUUAUGCAUUUUAAGUUAGAUUAGGGGUUUUAUCUUAUCUUUUGAUAGGGAGGAUGGCCACUCACUAAUAUUUAAAUAUAAAUUGCUGUAGCACAAACAAAUUGUUGUAUCCAUCUCUUUUGUUGUUAAUGUGUACUUAUAAAUUAAAAAGACAAUAUUUCAAUAAAUAACUUAAACCGUG